UAGAUGAAAAACAAAGACGAUUUUAUAUAAAUGUGGCCAUUUGGUGCUUGUUUAGGACAAAUUUUGUCGACGUUCGUUUAACUCCGCCCGACAACUGUCGUUCACAACGUAUCUCACCGAAGUUUCUCAAUAAAUGGGUAUAUUGUUUCUAAGAUAUACACGAUGGGCUUAACAUUGUCAACAGUUUUCACCCGUUUGUUCGGAAAAAAACAAAUGCGCAUACUGAUGGUUGGCUUAGAUGCAGCCGGUAAAACUACCAUACUUUACAAGCUAAAACUAGGUGAAAUCAUUACUACCAUACCGACAAUAGGAUUCAACGUUGAGACUGUUGAAUACAAAAAUAUUGCAUUCACAGUAUGGGAUGUGGGUGGCCAAGAUAAAAUCCGUCCUUUGUGGCGGCACUACUUCCAAAACACCCAGGGAUUGAUAUUUGUUGUAGAUUCUAAUGAUCGAGAAAGAGUUGCAGAAGCAGAACGAGAGCUACACAACAUGCUGCAAGAAGACGACCUCAGAGAUGCUGUGUUGUUAGUAUUUGCGAACAAACAAGAUCUUCCUAACGCAAUGAAUGUAUCGGAUCUCACAAACAAACUUGGACUGAAUCAACUACACCAGAGAAAGUGGUAUAUUCAAUCUACGUGUGCAACUCAAGGCAAUGGUUUAUAUGAAGGAUUGGAUUGGCUGUCAAAUGAACUAGCCAAAUAAAAUAUAGCACGUUGUGCCAACUGUAACAUCCUUUAAUCAUUCUUUAAGAUUAAUUCAUUUAUAGGUUUGAUCUUGAGAAUUUUAAAUAUUUUAUUAUUUAUUUAUUUCCUUGUUUCUAAGGAUCUUAUUUUAAUAUUGGGAUAAUAUAUAGUACAGCGUGUAAUAAAUAAGUAUAAAUCAUAUAAAUGGUGUAAAAUGUUAACAUGUAAAAAUUAUAACACUAAAACAAAAAAAAAUUACAUGAGAAAUUGUUUUAUCAUUUUAUUGAUGUUACUUGUUAUGUAAUGUUUAAUUUAAUAUUUUUUUCUUUCUAUUUCUCAUGCAUGAAUUCUAUUGUUACAAACAAUAAUUAUAAUAACUAAUGAGAUAUAA